AAAAAAAAAAAAAAAAAAGAAGCAAAUUUAUCAUCAAAUGUUAAUAAUAUAUAUGAUGAUGAUUAUUAUUAUGAACAUAAAAGAAAUUAUUUUAAUGAAUGUAUUAAUAAAGAGAAGGAUGAUAGAUAUAAUGAUAAUGCAAUGAAAAAUAUACAUGUAAAUAAAAAAAUACACAUAAAUAAAAAAAUACACAUAAAUAAAAAAACACAUAUAAGUAACAAAAUACACAUAAAUAAAAAAACACAUAUAAGUAACAAAAUACUUGUAAAUAUAUUAAUAAAACGUAUACAUAUUGAACUUAAGAAGUAUCAUAUAACUUCUUUACACAUCAUUUUUGAUGAUAUAUAUUUUUCUUACCAAAAUUUUGAUAAUCAUAAUAAUAGAGAUAAUAAUAAGUUAAUACAUAUUAAAAAUAAUUAUAAUAUAUAUAAUUGUCUUACAUCUUAUAAGAAAUAUAUAAAAGAUAAAAAUUAUAAAAGAAAGAAUAUUAAUAUCUUUUUCAAUGCGACAAAUAUAUAUAUGUUAUUAAAACAUAAUAGAAGUGUAUAUCUUGUUAUAUGUCCAUUUUCUUUUUUCUUUUCUGUUUAUAAAAUAAAAAAAGAGUAUGAAAUAAAAUUAAAUGUUAUAUCUUUAAUAUUAGAAAUAAAUAUGUAUAUAUUAAAUAUUUUAAAAUAUUUAUUUAAAAAUGAAAUAGAAAAAAAAGAACUUUGUAAUAGUCAUCAUAUGUUAUUUCAAUAUGAUCAUAUUAUAUCAUCUGAUUAUUCUGGAGAAGAUAAAAAAAGUGAAAGAAACAAAUUAAAAGACAAAGAAUAUCAAAAAAAUAUUCAAAAUUAUAAUAUUUAUUAUCAUAAUCCUAAUUUGAAAAAACAAGAAAAAAUAAAAUAUUUUUUUAGAGAUGAAAAUUUUAUACAACAAGAAAUAAAUUAUUUAUAUGGGUCAUUAAAUAUAUUUUAUCAGAGUAAUGAUUUUAUGAGAUAUGAUAGAAGUAAAGAAAAAGAAACAAGUACCUUUACGUUUUCUAUUAUUGAUAUUUUUAAUUUUUUUAAUAAAACAAAUAUAAAAUGUAGUUUUUCUUAUAUAUAUAUAUAUUUUUUUUUUAUAAAUAAAAAUAAAUUAAAGAGAACAAGAAAUGAACAAAUAAAUAAAAUUAAAAUUAAUGGUCACAAAAUGAAUAAUAAUAAUAAUAAUUACUACCAUAUGGAUAGUAUGUUGACAUUCAUUAAAAAAGAUAUAAAACAAAAAAAUCU